AUGCGCGUCAUCAAGCCAACAUGGCUAAGCCAUAGCGGCGAGCAGAAAGACUUCGAGGUUUACAGCUGUCACGUUUCAUCCGAUGGAAAAAGACUCGCGACCGCUGGCGGCGACGGCCACGUACGAGUCUGGUCGACUGAGGCUAUCUACGGCGAUGCCACCGGUGCCGCCGAGAACAAACCGCGCCAGCUCUGCCAUAUGAGCCAUCAUCUAGGCACAAUCCACUCCGUUCGAUUCUCCCCGAACGGCCGCUACCUCGCUUCCGGCGCCGACGACAAGCUCAUCUGCGUCUACCAUCUCGACAAGGGCCCGCCCGUAGCUUCUUUUGGCCUCGGUUCCGAACCUCCUCCUGUCGAGAACUGGAAGACGUACAAGCGCCUCGUCGGUCACGAGAACGACGUUCAGGACCUGGCAUGGUCCUACGACUCCUCCAUACUAGUAUCUGUCGGUCUCGACUCCAAGAUUGUCGUUUGGUCCGGCCAUAGCUUCGAGAAGCUCAAGACAAUCACCGUCCACUCGAGUCACGUCAAGGGCAUCACCUUUGACCCUGCAAACAAGUUCUUCGCGACCGCCUCCGAUGACCGAACGAUCAAGAUCUUCCGAUUUACACCCCCCGCGCCGAACGCGACACAGCAUGAUAUGGUUAACAACUUUGUGCUCGAGACCACAAUCAGCGCCCCCUUCAAGAGCUCACCAUUAACGACCUACUUCCGCCGAUGCUCUUGGUCUCCCGACGGCAACCACAUCGCUGCACCGAAUGCUGUCAACGGCCCAGUCAGCUCUGUGGCUAUCAUUGAACGUACACGCUGGGAUAGUGAGAUCAACCUCAUUGGCCACGAAGGGCCGACUGAAGUCUGCAUGUUCUCGCCACGAUUGUUCCACACGGAAAACCCCGCCGAUAACCCGACAAACACUGGACUGGUCACUGUCAUUGCAUCGGCAGGCCAGGACAAAACAUUGAGCAUAUGGAAUACGAACACUAGUAGACCCGUGGUCAUUCUCCAGGAUGUUGCUGGCAAGUCGAUAUCGGAUCUUACCUGGUCGCCGGACGGCUCGACGAUUUUCGCUUCGAGUCUGGACGGUGCGGUCGUUGGUGUUCAGUUCGACCGCGGAGAACUUGGAUGGGUCGCCAACGCAGAGGAGAACGACAAAGCGCUGCAAAAGUAUGGGGCCUCCAGGAAAGGUAUGGGUAUCGCGGAAGAUAUCGAAGGUCUGAACCUGGAAAACCAAAGCAAGGCUGGCGAGUCUCGUGCCGCCGAAUCUCGAAUGGGUGCUCUCAUGGGUGACGGGCCUUCUGCGAAGGAACCAGCGCCCGCGACCAAUGGAACCAAGCCCGGUGGAUCGGCGACAGGCACCUCAACGCCCCAGGCAACCAACGGCAACGUCGAGCCUGAAAAGGACAAGGACAAGGACAAGGAGAAGGAAAAGGAGAAGGAGAAACCGGCCGAAGAAAGCGCAGACAAGUCGGCAGAGAGAGUAAAGGAGCUCAAGUCCCGAGUUACUGUCGGCAAAGACGGCAGGAAACGUGUCGCACCGCUUCUGGUUUCGGCGUCAAGUACAGGCCAGUCAUCUCUCCCUCAAACACAGCUCGUUGGAUCCACGUCGACGGCAAGGGCCACGCAGAACGACGCCCCUCAAACGAUCGUGGAUCUCGAGAAGCCAUUCGACGGACUGCCCAAGGGAGGAAUUGCGGCGAUGCUGCUUGGUAAUAAGAGGAAAGCUGCGGCAAUCGAGGGUGAGGAGGAGGACGCAGACCAUGGCUCCAAGCGCCAAGCCAUAGGCCCUACGCCGGUCGUUAUCAAUGGCGUGGAUGGAGUUGAGCCAGCGUCAGUCGUGCCAGCAGCUCACGGCGUCGUUCCUACUCCGGAGUACCUACGCCCUGCGGUGUUAAACCCGUCGAUUGCCUUUGCCCAGAUUCGACUGGCUGUACCAAAGGUCAGAUCCCAGAUCAUUCGUCCACUCGAGCGGGGUGUCCUGCUUCCUGAAAGUAGCACCGACGAAGCAUCAAAGGUGCCUGAAAAUGUCAUUCUCGAAGCGCGCAACCCCGUUCAGAUCAGGGACCCAUCUCACAUCUCAGCAACGAAGCGCGGCACGCUACUGUGGCAAGACUACCUCCCCAGGGCCGUCAUUCUUGUCACGGGUAACAAGAACUUCUGGGCAGCCGCUUGCGAAGACGGCAGUAUCUACACUUGGACAUCCGCGGGCCGUCGACUGAUGAACCCCAUUAUCAUGGAGUCACAGCCUGUUAUUCUUGAAUCUCGCCACAGCUACCUACUCUGCAUCAACGCCGUCGGGCUAUGUCAUGUUUGGGAUCUCGAAAAGCAAGCCGCUCUUCACCCUCCUACGUCUUUGGGUCCUGUCCUAGAACUUGCCACCACGACACUCAACCUCAACUCGACGACACCAGGCCCUGGAAUCACAUCGGCCCAACUCAACUCUGCGGGUCAUAUCAUAGUGACCCUGACAAAUGGAGAUGGAUACUAUUACACCCGUGACAUGUUCUCAUGGCAGAGAGUCAGCGAGGCCUGGUGGGCUGUGGGCUCGCAGUACUGGAACAGCAACGACUCGUCUAUCAGCGCCUUGCAGUCAACCGCCGUCGGUCCCGUCACGCCCGCCAAGCCAAAGGAUGCCAACAACGCCAAUGUCUCCGCUGGCAUCAUCCCGUAUCUCGAGCGCCACACCACCAACGAGUUCCUGCUUAAGGGGCGGGCCUACACAUUGCAGCGGAUUGUUAAGAUGCUGCUGUCAAAGGAUGGUUUCGAGGGGUUCGAGUCGACCGUCAGCAUUGCUCACCUGGAGAACCGGAUUGCCGCGGCCCUGCAGCUUGGUGCCAGAGACGAGUUCCGUCUGUACCUCUUCAUGUACGCGAAGCGUAUCGGUGCUGAGGGCCACCGCGGCAAGGUCGAAGAGUUGCUGAACAGCCUGCUCGGCGGCAUUCUCACGGAUAAGGAUGGCGAGGCUGAGGGCAGACGUGGGUGGUUCAGCAAGGAAGACGAGAUCUGCGGGUGGGAUCGGAAGGAGCUGCUGAAGGGUGUCGUGAUGAUUCUCGGAAAAUUCAGAGAACUUCAACGCCUUACGAUCCAGUACGCCCGCGUUCUCGACCUCAACCUCGAGAGCGACGGCGCCAUGGAAAUCGAGUGA